AUGGCGCCUUUUGUGUCUUCAAAGAAUAAAGUUUAUAUUCUUGAUGGAGGUUUCUCAUCACAAAUAUCUCGUCAUGUGAGUGCUACUGUGGACGGAGAUCCGUUAUGGAGUGCGAAAUUCCUUCAAACAAACCCUGAUGACAUAGCGAAAGCACAUUUAGAUUUUAUAAGAGCAGGUGCUGAUGUAAUAAGUACAAAUACUUACCAAGCAUCAAUUGGAGGAUUUACUCAACAUCUUGGAGUAACUGAAGAUCAAGCAUAUAAAAUUAUACAACACGCUGUGGAAUUGGCUAAAUCUGCACGAGAUAAGUAUACAGAAGAAUGUGUACAAAAUGGUAUACUGCAUCGUGAUAUAUACAUUGCUGGAUCUGUCGGCCCAUAUGGUGCUUACCUACAUGACGGCUCAGAAUAUACUGGUGCUUAUACUGAUAAAACACCUGAGAGAGUUAUGGCCGAAUGGCACAGACCUCGCAUAGAAACACUUGUCAAAUCUGGUGUUGAUUUACUUGCAUUUGAAACUAUUCCUUGUCUUAAAGAAGCUUUAGUUCUUAUUAAUAUGUUAAAAGAGUUUCCAAAUAUGAAAGCCUGGAUUUCAUUCAGCUGUAAAGAUGAUACUAGUCUUGCUCAUGGUGAAAAUUUUCAAACUGUAGUGAGAACUUGUUGGCAGACAAAUCCAGAGCAAUUAGUUGCUGUUGGUAUAAAUUGUUGUUCUCCAAAGAUUGUAGCCAGCUUAAUUAGUGGUGUAAGUAAGGGGAUAGAACCACCAAUACCAAUAGUUACCUAUCCAAAUUCUGGUGAAAAAUAUAACCCAGAAAAAGGGUGGAUUGAUAAGGAUAAAUGUGAAACUUUGGAUACAUUUGUCCAUAACUGGUUGGACCUUGGUGUUAGGCAUUUUUAUAUAAACUAUUUACAGAAGGUUUUUGGAAUAUCAGUAAGGAAGAAACAAAGAGAUGAUAAAAUGAGACUGUUGAUGAGGGAAAAUCAGGAUUUGCGAGAAGAAAAUUUAAAAUUAUCUUUUGAAAUAUCAAAAUUAAAAAAAGAAUUAGGCAAGCAUACAGAUAAUAAAUUUUCUGAUUACUUAACAUUGAUGAAGGAGCGCGAUGCGAGAUACACACUUUACUUUGAAAAUGUUGCUCUUAAACUAAAAUUACGAGAGCUCGACGGAAGUUCUAGAAGUUAUUCAGUAGAUGAUGCAUACAGAGAUCCCAUUGUACUUAGAAUAGCAUUAGAUCGCUGCCGGGAACAACUAUCAACAGCUCAAAACGAACUGAAGAGAAUAACAGAUGAGUACGCGGAGACGGUCCCGCGACGAGAGUACGAUAAUUUAGAUAAUAAAUUAUACGAGCUUUCCAAAAAGUUCCAUAGUUUAAAUACUGAGCAUGAAGGAUUGCAGAGCACGUAUAAACGUGUUUUAGCUUUAAAGAAAAUAGUAGACGAAGAGCUGAUGGAGUGUAAGGAGAGGUGUCGUGAGUUAGAGCGCGCGGGCACGCCGCGGCCGCAGUGGGAGAUAUGCGCGGACUUCAUUGGUGGGGGCCGGGACAGGCUUAAACCCAGUCAGCCUGCUGGUAAAUCCUCCACUGGAUCUAUAAAGGCGCUUAUUAUUCUUAGAUGGUGGCAACUCGCGAGUGGGCUAUCAUCACGGGACAUGCUCAGGGUGCUACUGAAAGAACUUGGUCCAGCUGCUGAGAGUGAACAUUUGGAGUAUUUUGAUGGACUUGGCACGGACCCGGUGGUCCCCCCGUACCUGCGCUACGAGGGGCGCGUGCGCAACCUGCGCCUGUCGCGGCGCGAGGUGAGCGUCAUCAUCAACGACCUAUGGGCGGGGCGGUCGCAAGCGCGGGACCUCGCACUGCAGGACUACGUCACCAAAUACUUUGAAGAUAGGUACCAACAGCCGUCAGUCCGCGCGGAGUGGGCGUACAACCUGUGCGCGAGCGCGGAGCAGAUGCUAGACGAGCCGCAGGUGCGCGUGUUCUGGGGCGCGCUGCACGGCCUGCUGGGCGAGGGCGUGUACUGGGGGCUGCGCGCGCACUGGCUCGCGCUGCGCGACCAGCUCUACAGGCACAGUAGGGAUGGCGAGACUAUAACAGUAGAAGAUUUUGAGAAGGUUACCAGAGCAACUUUCCCCUUGAAGAACGAAGUAGAUAUAAAAAAUCUCACUGACGUCAUGAAGAAGCAGCUCAAACUGAAAUUAAACGCUGUUGACAUCAAUUUAGACAAACUCUUCUAUGAGAACGAAGAAGGCUUCGAUAGGAUUGAGCUUGCACGGGAGUUGUACCGGCAGCGACAGCUCGCACAAGAUAAAUACAUACGUGAAGUGGUCGCCGAGCUCGGCGGCCGGCACGCGAACAAGGCCAUCACUGUUGAUAACCUGAAACGCGCCUUUGCUAUUGUCGACCCUGCUAUAGAUCACAUCCGUAUGGAACGGUACAUUCGUUGGGCAUUUUCAGACCAAACAUCAGAGCUGAGUGCAAUCUGCCCGCUGCCGCUGCGCAGUCUCGUCGCGAGGCUGGCCGCGGGGGACAUUGAACGUGUUGGACCCAGAUAUAAGGGAGCGCGAAGAUAUAAA